AUGAGCGCGUGCGAGAAAGGUGGGCAGUGGGAGCAGGCACUGUCGUUGUUGAAGGACUUGUCGACGGUGAUGUUGAGGCCUGACGUUGUCAGCUUCUCCGCUGGGGUCAGCGCGUGCGAGAAGGGCGGGCAGUGGGAGCGGGCGCUGUGGCUGCUGAGGGAGGCGCGGGCCGCCAAGGUGCGGCCAGACGUCCUCCUGUGCAACUCCGGGAUCAGCGCGUGCGCGAGCAGUGGCCAGUGGCAGCAGGCGUGCUGCUUGCUGAGAGACCUGUGGGAGGCGAGCCUGGAGCUGGACAGGGUCAGCUACAACGCCGCAAUCAGCGCGUGCGAGAGGGGUUUGCAGUGGGAGCGGGCGCUGAUGUUGUUGGGGGAACUGCGGAGUGUGAAGCUGAGCCCGGACGUCAUCAGUUUCAGUGGUGGGGUUAGCGCUUGCGAGAAAGGUGGGGAAUGGGAGUGGGCGUUGUCGUUGCUCGGAGAACUACGGGAUGCCAAGCUAGAAUUGGACAUUGUCAGCUGCAACGCUGGGAUCAGCGCGUGCGAGAAAGGUGGGCAGUGGCAGCAGGCGCUGUCACUGUUCGAGGUGGUGCGAGAGGAGAAGUUGGAGCUGGACGUCGUCAGUUAUAGCGCUGGGAUCAGCGCUUGCGGGAAAAGCUCUCAGUGGCAACAUGCAUUGUUGUUGCUGCGGGAAUUGUCUGCGGUGAAUUUGGAACCAAACACCAUCAGCUACGGCGCUGGAAUCAGCGCCUGCGAGGAAGCAUCGCAGUGGCAGCAGGCGGUGUCUCUGUUGCGCGAGCUGUGGAGGGUGAGGCUGAGGACGGACGUAAUCAGCUACAGCGUUGGAAUCAGCGCUUGCGGAAAAGCGAAGCACUGGCAGCAGGCAAUGUUGCUAUUGAGGGAGCAGUUGGAGGAUGCACUGGAGCCGAACAUCAUCUGCUGCAACGCUGGGAUCAGCGCGUGCGAGAAAGGUGGGCAGUGGCAGCAGGCGCUGUCACUGUUCGAGGUGGUGCGAGAGGAGAAGUUGGAGCUGGACGUCGUCAGUUAUAGCGCUGGAAUGAGCGCCUGUGGGAAAGGCUCUCAGUGGCAGCAUGCGUUGUUGUUGCUGCGGGAACUGUCUGCGGUGAAGUUGGAACCAAACAUCAUCAGCUACGGCGCUGGAAUCAGCGCCUGCGAGGAAGCAUCGCAGUGGCAGCAGGCGGUGUCUCUGUUGCGCGAGCUGUGGAGGGUGAGGCUGAGGACGGACGUAACCAGCUACAGCGUUGGAAUCAGCGCUUGCGGAAAAGCGAAGCACUGGCAGCAGGCAGUGUUGCUACUGAGGGAGCAGCUGGAGGAUGUGCUGGAGCCGAACAUCAUCUGCUACAGCGCUGGGAUCAGCGCGUGCGAGAAGGGCGAGCAGUGGCAGCGGGCUCUGGCGCUACUGAGCGAGAUGCGGGAGGCGAAGCUGGAGCCCGCCGUCAUCUCCUACAACGCUGGGAUCAGCGCGUGUGAGAAAGGCAGGCAAUGGCAGCGGGCUCUGUCGCUGCUGAGCGAGAUGUGGGAAGCGAAGCUGGUUCCCAACUUCACCAGCUGCAGCGCUGGGGUUCUGGCUUGCGAUAGAUGCGGGCAAUGGCAACGGGCGAUUUGGUUGCUCAAGGAGACGCGGGACGCAAAUGUUGAGUCCAAUGUCGGUAGCUUCAUUGACGCCAUAAUUAUUGCGAUACGCGGGUAA